CUCAUUCUUUUCUCAACAGACGAGAUAAAUCUCCGUCGUGAAAAUGCAGAGAUCAACUACGCUCAAACGACAAUUGAGUAGUCCGGAGCUUGAGCCUGCCAAGGACAUGCGUUCGACGUUGAUUCUGCAGCCAAAAGCCGGAUCUCCAUUGCUGAUACUGUCUACAGAAAAAGAUGGUUGUCGUCUGUGCAAUCCAGCCGAUGAAAGGGUGGUUUACGAGACGAAGAGUGACCUUUCAGGGCAUCGAUUCCUGGGAAGCUCCGGCGACAACAAGGAAGACUACGUUGUUGUGUGGCAUUUUGAAAUGAACGAGUUUCUAGGGUUUUGCAAGAAAGGGGAUGAUCAUUACCGCGAGAUCUCAACAAUGACCGGUGUUGUUCGCAGGGAGUUACACGGUGUAAAAGAUAUGGUACUUAAAGGUUACAGUCUUUACGUCCUUGCCAUCCGUGACUUCAUUCGACACUUGGAUUUGUCGGGACAUGGUGAAGAUGGUAUCAAGGAUGUGUCCGAGAACCAUAAGCUUCCAAUGUGGAAGCCAGGUAUGAGUAGGGAUGAACAUGAAAGAGUCAACAUAUAUAAGAUCACCUCAUCUAGUGAAAGCAUUGCUGUUACAAGAUCAGGUCAGGUUUUGGUUGUCUAUUCUUACGAGUUAGGUAACUCUCAAAGGCAUAGGAUGUUCCACGUGUACAAGAGAGAUCCUAAAGAUCUUGACCCGACUACCUACUUAACCCAUCUUCUUGAGGUACAUUCUCUAGGUGAUGAGGCCCUCUUUCUCGAUUUGGGAACCACCGUGCCUGCUGACCAUACCCUUGGUAUUGAGCCUAACUCCAUCUAUUUCACCCGUGGUGAUCGUAUCCGUCACAGGAAUCCUUCACGCCCCGACAUCUGUGUCUUCAGUCUUACAACAAAGACCAUCAAACGCUUCCCCACUCUCUCCAGCUUUAACGUCAAGGAUGCUCAGUGGUUUCUUCCCUCUUGAAUCUCGCCUUCCUCAUGGUUUCUCCCUCGGCCUUGCUCUGUUUAAUGUUUAUUGUCAUUUUGUAAACAGAUUUCAAACAAUAAGAAGUUAAUAGUUCA